CAAUAAUUGUCAAAAACAAGAGCUUGAAUCUAUAAUGAAAUUUAUAAUUAAAGGAUUUAUUACAUAUUCCGUUAAUAAAGAAAUAUCGAUGGAAAAUGUUUAUAUUCAGGUUCUGAGUUCGGCUGAAUUUUUUGAACUACAACCUUUAAGAGAAGAGCUAUCAAUAGUCUUCCAAAAUAUACGUGAUGUAAAUAUGUUAGGAUCUGACAAUAAUUUCAAAGAAAUGGAUAUGAUUAUUGAAAUUACAUCUAGAUGCCAUCAACAGUCUUCAUCGGUGUUAUUGGAUUCUAUAUUGCAUUGCUUCUCAUCAUCAUCGGACAAAAGUUCAUUGUAUGCCAACUUUUUGCCAGAUGAAAAAAUUCAAAAAAUACAACGUUUUAUUACUUUGCUACAUUUAUUUCCCUCAGAAUACUUUGAUAGAUGGGAAGUUAAUUGCCUAUCUGCAUUAAUAUUGCUUAUAGACAAAGUGAUAUUUAUGUCACAAAGUCGACAAAGUAAUAUGCUUAUAAAUCUUUUAAAAAGUGCCGUUCUUUGUAGAAGUUUAAUACAAAAUUUUUUUCUUGCAACAACUAAACAAGAUGACUUACUGUGGAAAAAUCAAUCAUUUAUUAUGUGGUGGGUGUCAUCUAUGUACACCUGUAAGCCUCAUAUAAAAGAAAUUGGUGAAUUUCAACAAAAUAUUUUACACCAGCAAUUUGUCAACUUGGUUCAGAUAACCAAUGAAACUAUAAUAAUUAUAUCAAGGUAUCGAGAAAAUGAAAAUUUUAAAAUCAGAAAUUACCUAAACAUCAUCAUUUUCAUAUUUACUAUUCAUUUGGAUUAUUCUUUUGACCAAGAAAAUUCGGUCAUUGAUGACAUUUGGAAAUUUGCUGCUAAGUUUUUAAAGCUUGGAAUAGAGUUUUUUGAAUCUCGCAGAUCUAUUCAUGAUGGAGAUCAAGAGAUACGUGAGACGUUUGAGAUAUUGCAGCAAAGGGUUGAGAAGAGUUCGUUAAAACUUAUUACGUUUUAUCUAGAUAAAUCUUCGCAACAGCUUCAAGAAGAUAAUAGUUUCAAAGGAAUUCAAGUUGUCUUAAGACAAAUUACUCAUUUAGAAGAAAUAAUAAAAACAUAUUGGAUGUCGCUAAAAUAUUAUAACUUGAACUUUUUUCAACAGCAAAGUUCGAAUGCUCAAUCAUCUAUUAUGAUUUCUAUUUUACAAAAAUAUUUUUCAAUCAUAAUUGCAUUGUUACGCGCAAUACCAAUCGAUACAGUAGUAAACCAAGAAAUGUCUCAUGCCCAAGAAACGAUUAAAAAAUGCAUGACAUUCAUGUUAAUUGCAAUGGAUUUUGUUACAUUUAUUGAAUCUAAAAUAAACUUACAAAUUUUUCACAAAUUUGUAUCAUUUAUGUGGGAAAUAAUGGCAAUUUUCUAUGAGAAAGGUGCGCAAAGUGAACUUUUGAGUGACUUGGAUAAUGGCUUCGGCGUAUUCAUAACAAAAUUACCAAUUGAAAAAUAUGACGAAAUCUCAAGUGACAUUAUCAAUAAAUUAGAAAAAUUUCCCCUCUCAGUGCAAAAAAGUUAUACGAAUAAAAAUUUGAAAUUUCUCAUACACUUUAUUGAUAUAUUUCUUCGCAGUUCCACAUAUGUGCAAUUGUGUUGUUUACGGAGAAAACUUCCCAAUAUAUUAGUUAGAUUGUGCAAUUUAGGAGAGAUUAUUGACCAAUUACAAUAUGCUAUAUCCAUUAUAAAUAUUUUGUCAUUUUUGGUUUCUCGUAAGGCAUUUUCGUUUCGGUCAAUUGAUAUUAAUUUGAUAUUAUCAACUGUGAUUUCAUUAACAUCUUCAAGGACAAACAUUGAAUCAGACGAAAAAAGCUAUCAAAAUCUCUUUGAGGAAGUAUGUAAUCUAUUAUUCAAAAUCUUGAUACAUUGUCGAGAAGUCCUCUACUCGACUAUUCCAACCUAUGUUGUUAUCAUACAAUCGAUGUUUCAUUGUUUCAAAUCCCUCGAUAACCAAAAACGAAAAAGCGAAUUACAGAAUCGUCGAUAUGUAACAAUAUGGGAUAUACGUCUCAAAAAUCCGUUACCAAUAUCAAGUGUAAAUUCAUUUACAAGAUUAUUGACAAUGAUAUCACAAAGAGAUUCAUUAAACAAAUCUCAUAAAAAAAAAGCAAUUUCAUCACGACCGUUUAUUAAACAUGUGCCAUGUUUAAUAGCAGAAUAUUUAAAAGUACAAACAGUUGGAUUUUUAGAACCAGCUAUUAAGGAAAGUUUGAGACCAGGAGUGUAUGCACUUUUAGAUUUGUGUGAUAAACAUGAAAGAGAUAUGAUUAUGGUUACUUUGGACCAAGCUGGGAAGAGCUUGUUUAAAACUUUAUGGACCGAAUAUAAUAAAGAUUGGAAAUAUGUAGGAAGGGGAUAA